AUCAUCAAGCUGGAUAAGAAGAGAGCUGAAAUGAAAAAAAAAAACAAAUUUCUGGCACCCCAAAAUCGUGAAACCCCAGCUUCUCGCAAAUAACUCAAAUCACAGACGAGUCUUCUCUCCUGAAACGCUCUUGUAUAACAGAGAACUGAAUUUAUUCCACGGAUUGUUUGGUGCGAAAUGUGAAAGCUAAGCACCGUUUGAGAAACGACUAUUCGAAAAAAUAAACAAGAAAUUCCCUCGUCCUUUUCACUGUGUUAUUUUCACCAGAAAUUUAAUCAACUAAAAACGGAACUAUUCUGUUUUCUUCAAUAUACCCUUUUCAUUUACCAUUCUUUGCUUUUCCUUACGUAUCCUUGUGCCUGAGUGCACAUGGUUUUCAAGCCUUCCCCAUUCACCAUUCAACAUCAAAAAACACUCCCGCCAAGGAUUUGUAGUCCAGUCAACAAAAGCCCAUUUGUGUUUUAGCCGUGAAUACUCUGUGAUUUGUUUGGAAUGCCUCGCGAACUCGCUACUCUUAAUUCCACACCUACUGAUAUUUUUUCUGCUUAGGCUCAUUUGGUGAUUGACCCGCUUAUUGGGGAGUCACUAGUAACAAAGAGAAAAUCAUAAGCUCAUGUAUGAAAUUUGGACAAAAUUCAAGAAGGAUUUUUUCUUAAGCCUGCAUUUUUCCGGAUCAUAAACAACUCAUGAAAACGAUGGUAUUUAUAUGAACGACAAUCGACAUCCAAUUCCUUGACAACAGCGAUAUGAGGGGCUAGUCCUUGAGGGUUGAGUGGAGGGUUUGGCGUCGUGAAAGGUGUCUGCUAGUACAAAUCCUUUUGUGGGAAUGUGAGAAAAUCACAAAAUAUAGCACCCAAUACUGAUAAAAUUGUGACUACGACAUUUCCUCGAGCGCUCACUUUGAAUCAUUCUGGGGCACGUCAGGGAUUGGAGAUUGAAAAAAGUAAAAAUCCUUUGUUGGUGUUGGAAAAAGUCAAGUUGCAAGACAGCUCCCCGUCAUAAAAAGUUAUUCGGAAUACUAGUAAAAUAUAUAUUAACGUUUUAAUACUAUUGUGAGCAUGUCUAUAACAUGCAUGAAUUUACAUUCACGGUCAGCUUCACGCUACACACAUUUUCACGCCUGGGAAGGAGUGAGACAAAAAGGCUUCAAUAAGUGUGCUUAUAUCAGGAGGAUUUCAGUUCGAACCGCCCCAAGAGCAACAGAAACCGAGAUUUUUAGCAGUUCAAACUUCAAAUGCAAUGUAAUGAAUCAAGAGAAUUUAUAUCUGUUGAAGGGAAACAUGGAGGUGGAAGUUUCUAAAGUUAGGAGCAUAGAUUUCACAAUGACACAACCAGAUGAUUGGCACCUUCAUCUUCGAGAUGGUGACCUCCUUGAAUCUGUUAUUGCUCACAGUGCAACUAUAUUUGGGCGGGCUAUUGUGAUGCCAAACUUGAAGCCUCCUAUAACCACUGUGGCUGAUGCUGUUUCUUAUCGGGAAAGGAUAUUAAAGGCUUUACCAUCUGAUAGCAAGUUCACUCCCCUCAUGACGCUCUACCUCACUGAUAACACAAAUCACAAUGAGAUUAGACUUGCAAGGGAGAGUGGAGUGGUUGUUGGAGUGAAGUUGUACCCUGCCGGGGCAACUACAAACUCAGAGGAUGGUGUGACAGACCUUUUUGGAAAAUGCAUGCCUGUUCUUAAGGAAAUGAUGGAAUGUGGAUUGCCAUUGCUGGUUCAUGGAGAGGUCACAGAUCCAAAUGUUGAUGUCUUUGAUCGGGAAAAGGUCUUUAUUGAGAAUAUAUUAAAACCAUUGGUCAAUAAAUUACCACAUCUUAAAAUUGUUAUGGAGCACAUCACAACAAUUGAUGCUGUAAACUUUGUAAAAUCAUCUGUAGAAGGUCUUGUGGCUGCAACAGUGACACCGCAGCAUCUUCUUUUGAAUAGAAAUGCUUUAUUUCAGGGUGGACUACAGCCACAUAACUACUGCCUUCCUGUCCUUAAACGUGAGAUUCAUAGACAAGCAAUUGUUUCUGCCGUUACAAGUGGAAGUAAGCAAUUCUUUCUAGGCACUGACAGUGCUCCUCAUGAGAGGCACCAGAAAGAACGCUCUUGUGGAUGUGCUGGUAUAUACAGUGCCCCAGUUGCCUUGCCUCUCUACACAAAGGUUUUUGAAGAGGCAGGAGCACUUGAAAAAUUUGAGGCAUUUGCAAGUUUUAAUGGACCUGAUUUCUAUGGCCUCCCUCGUAACACAUCUAAGAUCACCAUGCAGAAGGUCUCUUGGCAAGUACCAGAGGAAUAUAAUUUCAGUUUUGGGUCAAUUGUUCCGAUGUUCAGUGGUCAGAUAUUGGAGUGGUGUGUGGUUGAUUAAACAUGUCAGCAAAUUCCUUAUAUACUUCUUGUAUCUCAUUUGGCAUGUGGUGAAAUAGAUAUUGAUGUAAUUUAAGACCCAUUUUGGAACCAGAUAUCUGAAAUAUUCACUUGUUUGUACUUAUAAUUUAUUAGAAAUAGAAUUAGACUAUUGUCCUAGUUCAUAAUUUAUAUAUAAGGGUGAUGUGUUUAUUAGUUGAGAUCUGCUCAUUAAAGUGUAAGGAGCAAAAACACGUCUGCUUCUUACCAGAACACAGACUGAAUUACCUGGACAAGGCUUGAACUGUUAACUGAAUUAUGUACUGGAAUAUUAAAAAUGACAAAUAACCACAAUUGCUGUGUGCUCCAACUGA